AUGCCUGUAUCGUUCGUACGCCACUCUGAAGUCGACGUUCUCAUUAUUGGGGCUGGCCCUGCUGGGCUCAUGUGUGCGAAUGCUCUGGCAAAUGCGAGAGUAAAUGUUCGGAUCGUUGAUCAAAGGGCUGCUAAAUUAGCUGCUGGUCACGGUGAUGGAAUUUCACCUCGCACUAUUGAAGUUUUGCAGAGCUAUGGACUUGCAGAGCGCCUUCUAAGGGAGUCCGCCCACAUCCAUCUAGCGGCCUUCUACAAUCCUUCUUCGACCGGUGGUAUCGAGUUUACCAACAGAACACCAAACGUGACAGCUCCGUCUGCAAGAUACCAAUUCGAGGCUGCACUCCAUCAAGGAGCCAUUGAAGCCAUUUUCAUAGAUUCUAUGAAAGCGCUCGGCGUCGAGGUUGAACGAUCGACAAUACCAACUUCGAUAGAACUUUCCAAGGACGAGAAUGAGUUGACGGAUCCCACAUCACAUACAGUUCGCGUUGCGCUACAAAGACUAGACAUAUCUGGGGGUAUACCACAAGAAGAGAUUAUCCAUGCUAAAUUUGUUGUCGGUGGUGAUGGCGCCCACUCAUGGGUCCGCAAACAGUUCGACAUUUCGAUGGAUGGAGAACAGACUGAUUCUAUCUGGGGUGUCAUGGACUUCGUGGCUGACACUGACUUCCCGGAUGUUAGGAACAAAUCCGUUGUGCGUUCCAACCACGGUUCGGCCUUUGUCGUACCUCGAGAAGAUGAUCGUACUCGCGUAUACAUACAACUGGAGGACUCGGAUGUCAUCAAUCCAGCAACAGGCAGGGUAGACAAGGAGAAAAUGGGUCCAGAGCAAAUUCUUAAAGCUGCCCAAAAAUCGCUUCAUCCUUACAAGAUUAUGCCGACGAAUGAGAUUUUAUGGUGGACAGUAUAUAUAAUUGGACAACGAGUAGCCUCAAAAUUUUCUAUCCAGAACAGAGUAUUUAUUGCUGGCGAUGCUUGCCACACACACUCUCCAAAAGCAGGACAAGGCAUGAACGCAAGUAUGAACGAUAGUCACAAUCUAGCUUGGAAAAUUGCCCUAGUUCUUCGCGGGUGGGCAAAAAUGUCCAUUUUGUCAACAUACGAAUCUGAGCGCCGGAAAUUCGCAUUAGACCUGAUCGCGUUUGAUAAAAUGUGGUCCAGCCUUUGCUGUACCAAGCCCUUGACUGAGGAGAACGGCGAUGGGGAUUCGCGCGAACAUAUCUUGAACGCUUUCCAAACAGACUUCACCAGUGGCAUUGGGGUACAUUAUGACCCUUCGGUUGCAGUGAAUGAGAACAACCAGGAGCUGGCCAGUGGUCUCGUGAUCGGUAAACGUGUCCCUCCAUACAAAUUCCUCCGUGCAGCAGACGCAUGUCCCUUUGAGCUCCAGGACCUUCUUCCUUCGGACUUUCGCUUCAAAUUGCUCGUUUUUGUUGGUGAAUUCGGCGACCCACUUAAGCAGGCGAGGGUCGAGUCGAUGGUCACGGAUAUGCAGACACCAAAGUGCUUCUUGAACCGUUACGCGACACCUGGGAACUCGCGAUUUGACAUCAUCACGAUCAGCAAAGGCCGAAAGGAAGUUUUUAAUUUUAUGUUGCUCCCUACGCUUCUUCGUUCUCACUGGUCAAAGGUGUUUAUCGAUGACACCGAUGUCACUCGUAGCUUCGGGGGAGAAGGUUACUCAUAUUAUGGAGUGGGACAGGAGGGCGCCUUGGUUGUUGUUCGUCCUGAUGGCUAUGUUGGAGCCAUCGCACCACUGGAUCAUGUUGAGGUGCUUAACGCGUAUUUCGCGUCGUUCAUGAAGAUUUGAGGAUUUCUGCUUAGUUUUCAACUUUCAACGUCAAAUCUUAUUUACAUACAGCGUAAAGCCACAGAAUACAGAUAUAUAUC